GACGCGUUGCGGGCCUCAAACUAUCUGUCCUAACAUCCCACCCAAUUCUAUGGGCUUGUUUAAGAUCUGUCCAGGAGUCUAAGAGGAAGUGAAAGCAAUAACGGUAAACUUGAAAAAAUGAAUUGCAGCUUGAACAUGAACUUGAGCCUCCUUAACAAUGGAGCUAUAACAACAAAAAACUGGUGUUCCUGUGUAAGCUUUUCUUCUUUUCCUUCCUCCUCUUCCUCCCAUCAGAAGUUCCACCAAAAUCCACUCCCGAAACUGGCUCUAAUCAACCUCAGAAGCUUCGGAAGAAUGAGUAAUGGAAGAUGCACUGUAAAUGUUCGACAAAAUACCGCAACGACGAAUUCCUCUUUUCCUUCUCCAUCAUCAUGGGAUGAUAAGCCCUUUGAAGUGUUACCCAAUGGCAGAGUAAUGUACUUGGACGAACAGGACGUUGUCACCUUCCUUGAUCCUCCUAAGGAACUCAUCCCUCUUGACCCUUCCACUUAUAAUCCUGCUUCUUAUCUUUGGAAAAAGAUUGAGGAUAUCCCUGAAGAGAGGCGUCAUCGGUUGCUCAGGUUAUUAGAUUCCAGGCUUCUAUCAAGGGCAUGGGAAAUAGCAGGAACUCGAUAUGAUGAUCCCAAGUUAAUCGCGAAAACUGCCUCCGGGUUGCUCUCCGAUGGGAAAGAUGAAGUGCUGAUCCAUGGGAAAGAUGAAAUGCCACUUGAGUUUUGGAAUUGCCGAACAAACGGAGGGCCGGCUCCGAUUGCCUGGAUGAAUUACUUCAAGAAGGCAUUGUUUUACAGCAAGGAGAGGAAUCAGCUGUAUGGACGUUUCAUCGGGGGUUCUUUUCUGGAGGGAAUAUCGAAUUCAUUUGCGCCGUUGUACUUCACUGUGGCUAGAGAUUUGAAUGAGGUGAUAUCCACAGAGCAGCCAUGUGAUUUGGCCUACGAAUUUGGAGAAGGAUUGUUGGACAUUUCUGUAUAUCCUGAUGGAUUUCCUAAACCCGCAAAGCAUCCAUGGCCUUUCAACGACGAGGUUGUAGUGUAUAUCCGUCAAGUUGGACCUGGCGUUCUGGUUGGCCAAGCUUGGCAGGAAGGUGUAGCAAUGGAACAAUUGCCCAAAAAGCUUUGCGGCGACAUUUUGAUGGUUAAAGACUACUUCUCCUCCAUUACUGCUGAUGCUAGCGAAGCCACUGGCGGCCCUUAAAAAGGUUUCAACUUGGCCCCUUUGAGAGGGCUUCCUGCAUGGCGUUUUUCAGUGACUCUGCUCUGUAUCUAGGUUACUUAUGUAUAAGUUUGCUCCAAAUUAUUCAGGUUUUUGGUGAUGGUUUUUUUAAAAUUUUUUUUUUAUAAACCAUGAUAUCUUUGAAGAAACCGUAACCAAAUUGAUACUAGUGAUACAUGUAUUCUAGUACUCCCUCAUGUCAUUAUUAGUCAAUAUAAGGUAUUUUGAUUUGUCUUAAACUUUUUUUGCAGUAUGUGCUUUUAAUUGAAAAUAAAUCCUCAAAAAUGUAUCCUCAU